AGUGAAUCCUCUUAGAGGUGGAUUAUUGGACUAGGAUCUCUACGCUGACAGGGAACGAGGAAGACAUGGGCUAAGAGAAAGCAACUCAGAAGGAGCUAAAGACGAGGACAAUUUAACUAAAAAUGGAGAGAACCCCCUGGCCCAAACAGAGCCAUGAGGGGGGUAGAAGGUGCUGUAUAGCUGGGGGAAAGCCAGCGGAGCAUCAGAUGCUGAAGCGCAUACUUCCACAUCCUAAGCCCACCCUGAGUGAAAAGGCAGGGGACAGACGGACCCUGUGACAGCGAUGGGUUUGAUCUCAUUCAGCCUCCUCAGCUGGAGCGUGGGCUUCACUCUCUGCUUUCUCAUCCUGCUGCUCCCAGAGGCCAAAGCAGACAACAUGAACACUUCAACUUCACGCAACGGCGGAGGUUCACAGUGUGGGGAAUACACAAACCAGCUGACGGAGGACGGGAUGUGCCGGCUGGUGGCCACGCUGCCCCAGCUGGAUGAGAGAAGAUGCCCGGAUAUGUUCCGCUGCUCCGACGAGGUUUCUUACUGGCUGCACGAGAACGAGGAGAGGAAGCAGCAGAUCGUGGCUCUGAAGGAGACCAUCUCCGAGCUGCAGGAGGAACUCAGGAACCACCGGCACCGCAUCAAAGUCCUCGAGCUGCAGAGUGAAGAGAAGCUCCACCUGAACAUCUCUUUGGAGCAGCGUUUCCAUGAGCUGGAGGUUCACUAUGCUGAGGCCAGCUCUCUGCUGCAUCUGCAGGGCACCCUCAUCCUAGACAUGCAGAACCAGCUGCAUAAUCUGACCCUUCUGAUGGAUAAAGUCAAAAGAAGCUCAGACUGUUCCAUCAAUAUAGUCCGGCCCAAUCAUUUGCAGAAUACUCAAGAAGCCCUGCACCCAGAGAUCCAGCAUGUGGGGAACUGUCCCAUAGACUGUGCCUCCAUCUACUAUAACGGCGUGAGGAGAUCAGGUCUCUACACUGUGGUGCCAUUGCUGGCAAGGAUGCCGGUGGAGGUUUACUGUGACAUGGACACAGACGGUGGUGGCUGGACCGUGAUCCAGCGGCGAGUUGACGGCUCUGUGAGCUUUGACCGCAGCUGGAGGGACUACAGGGAUGGAUUUGGUGACCUGCACUCAGAGUUCUGGUUGGGCAACAAUCACAUCCAUGAGCUGAGCACCCAGGGAGACUACAGCCUCCGCAUCGACCUGGAAGACUGGAGCAUCCAGCAUAAACAUGCCCUCUACCAGAGCUUCAGUGUGGAAGAUGAGGAGCAUCAGUACCGUCUCCAUGUGUCAGAUUUCAGUGGCACAGUGCAGGACUCCUUUGGUUGGUACCACGACAAGCAGCACUUCAGUACUCCAGACACUGGCAACAUCUGUGCUGAGAUCUCUCACGGCGGCUGGUGGUACAACCAGUGCUUCUAUGCCAACCUUAAUGGAGUCUACUACAGGGGAGGCCAUUACACUCCGAAAGGCCGCGGCUCACUGGGUCCUGAUGGGAUUGUCUGGUACUCUUGGAAAGACUCGGAUUAUUACUCCCUACGCAAAGUCAGCAUGAUGAUCCGACCACGCAGCUUCCACACGCGUUUGUCACCCUGAAUCACGGAGGUGCAGAAAGAAGAACUAAGCAUUUCUCUAAGCUUAGAGAGAUGGAAGGAUGAGACUGAGGAAAUAUGAACACUGUGCUGAUUGUAGUCAGCUUUUCCUCCAUUGGCAGUUGAACCCAAGGAGUGGGUUCUGGAAAAGACACUUUAUUUUGAACCUUUUAAACUACGCAUAUGAAAAAGGACCCAUAAUACAAACUUUACCAUAGAGAUGAUAGAUUUUAUUAUUGAAAGUGUUCAUUUCUUUUUUACAGUUUUGUAUGUUAGCUUGGAAAACUUGUCAGUUUUUGACUUUGCCAAGUAGAGGUACGUAUGUAUGAUGUGUCCUGACAGAGAAAAUAACUCCUACUGGAAAAACCGAUCACUCUCAUGAAUGCAGAUGUGUGUUUGAGCUUUUUCUGUUGUCUUUUUGUUUGUUUCCUUGUUUUUGAAACCUAUGUGGUUAAUCCAUCAACUUCAAGUGUGUGUGACAAAUAAACUUCCUUUAUUUUGUUACUAAAGAGAAUACAGUCACAGUUGUAAUUUUAAAGAACAUAGAGUUAUGCUUAAUUUCAGAAAAAAAAAUAUUUCCAAUUUAGCUUAGGUUUGAAUUUAUUAUGGAUUUUGUCUGAGCCACAUAAACCAAAAUCCAUAUUCGCACUAAUGUUUGGGUACAUGUCCCUAAUAUAAUGUCACUCCAAACAUUUUUUUUUUUUAAGUCAUCAACCAACUUGGAGUCUUACUCUGUCUGGAUAUGACUAACCUAGCUUGAUACUAAUAUCAUGUUUGAUAGUUCGUACUUCUUUUUGAAACUCUCUGAUUAACUCCAAAAAUAUUUCCUUUUAUUGCUGCUAAACAAUCUUUGUCUUCUUUUAUAAAACCUUAGUGAAGGUUUAAGGUAUUGCUGUCCAAGAAAGCAGGUGUCUCUUUCUUGGACAGCAUCCUCUCAGUGAAUGGCCAUUUAAAACUGAUCAGUAGCAGCUUCCAGUUCAUUGCAGGUCUUGUUUUUGGUUACAAAACAUCCAAAGUAAGUUUCUUCUUCUUAUUAUUUUUUUAUAUUUGACAGUUUGAAUCAGAUUUAAGCUAGUUGAUUAGAGUUUGACACCAUGGCUUUCUAAUAUUUAGCUUUUUCACAAUAUUCCAAUUUUCAGACACCGAGUUGAGAGUUUUCAUUAUCUGUACACCAUAAUUAUUAAAAUGACAUAUAAAGUCUCGAAAUGUUUCAUGCGUACACAUACAAAUGUGCAUUUCAGUAAGUGAAACACAUACAUGUAUGCGCACUCUGAAAUUAGUGACAUUUAUUUUGACUUUUUCACAAUAUUCAGAAUAUUUUAAGGUGUACUUGUAUGUCUGGCUGAUGUUGAAUUAUCUUUUACAUCCACUGAAAAGUCUUCAGUGUAGAUAAAUAAAAGGGUUAAAAUUCAUCCAGAUCAAUGGAAAAAGACUCACUGCUAGUUACUGCAAAAGCUUGAUGGCAAUGGUCAAUCAGUAUUUAGUUCUAGAAGAGAAUUAGUUUUUCACGUAUGGCCAACUGUUUUUUUUUUCUUUUUUUUUUUGCCUUAUAACAUAAAAUUAUUUGUAUCCAAGUUAUCUUUGUGCGAUAUUAAAAUUCAUGAAAGGAUUUAAGUCAAAUAAAGAAGAAUUUGUAAGAGGCAAGUCAUUUUACACAGCACUGUCUCCCAUUCAUAUAAUUGUGAGUACUAAAAACAUUUAGUUUUCAAAAAUCAUAGGUUUUUUAUUGUAAAAUCAUUCCACCCCUGUAAACAAAAUGGACUCUGAAGGCUCAAAACGUCAUGAUACUCGUGCCAAGACUGAUGAGCGCAUUCAACCAUCACCAGAGCCAUCUAGAGCCGAAACCCGCACGUACAAAACGACUAACAAGAUGUCUCAAAGCAUGUUUUGAACUGAUAAAUCUGAUCGUUUGCAUCUCAGUCUGAUUUUGUCAAACCGCUCCUCGGUCUACAUAUCAAGCUGCACCUGAUGGCAGUGGUAGCUGAGAGCAGGGGUGGGAAGAAGGGCCCUUUCACUUCCGUCACCAGAAGAGCACAAAAACACACUUUUUACAUGAGCUACCAGCUCAUUUUUAUGCUCUACCACGCCUACGCAAAGGAGCUCCUGCAAUGAACAAGGACCUCAGUGUGCAGUUCAGUAAACCCCAUGAGAAACCAACGCAAGAAUUCAUUCAAACAGAUACGCUUUCACAAAUAUGAAUACAAAUCACUGUUUAAUAAAUCAAACAAAUUAUGCUGACACUAUGUAGCAAAUACUUCUAUACAUAAGAUAUAAUGACAAGAAGCACCUGAAAGGUCAAAUAGAAUAUAUAUAUAUUUAUGUAUAUAUAUUUUUUAAACAUGAUGUGACAAAACGUACAAAGAGUGAACAAGAUUAGAAGCUGAUUGAAAAAUUGGCUGUGAAAAGCAAAGAAAGACAUAAACGUAAAACGUGACAGUCUCUUCAAAUGAGGACACAGUUUCUUCAGAGCAACAGUUGGACAGGAAAUUUUGCAACACCCGAACACUGGAACGUGACUCAGACUUCAGUAAUUAAAGACAAAUGAAAAAGAAUAAUGAACCACAACGUUGUGUGUGUGUUGUUUUUUUUUUAUUUUUCUCAUUGCACAUUUUGUUUCUUGACAGAGUGUGAAGUGAGGCAUAACAGCAUCUCUAGUUUCUAAAAGGGGCAAAAAAAUGUGUGUAACGCAGGAAGGAGGUGGAGUUUCCUGUUAGCUUUUGAGGAAGCGCAGGAUGAAAUCGAGUAAGGCACUGCCAGCAGUGGAAUUGCAGAGGACGUACAAUCUGCCUUUGGCUUCGCUGGGCCCCUGCUUUGGCUCAGCAAGCUGAUG